UAUUCAUUUUUUAUUUACAUUAUUUGUAGUGACUUCACCUACAUUUUCUCCCCAUUUAUUUCCCUGAACUUACUGAUUUUUGAGAUUGCUAGACAACUGGGCCACUUGCUCAGUCUAGCUAAAGAUAACUUAAAAUGGAAAAAUAAAAUGAGAAAGUAAAAAUACACGGUCAAUUGUUUUUCAAUUUCAUCCCCCCACCGUCAUCAAGAUUUAACUUUAAGUACAGGUAAAUAAAAGGUAACUAUGUGAUGCAAACACAGUUAGUUGCAGGAACGGAUGCAGAAAGCCCCCAAAAUUGGCCCCGAGUGCAGCAACAAGUUAUCAGUUCAGACAGGAAGGCUGCACAUCAAAGUUAGAAAAACACCAGCCACAGAAAACAGAAGUAGCUUUCGACUUCCCUUCCGCAAAGUAUUGCUUCCUGAUGUCUUUCUAUGAAAAACAUCAGUGAAUUUCCAGCACCUGACCAUGCUGGAGGAGCACAAGGAGUGUUUGGAUAAGAGAGGUAGCAUUAGCAAAAUUCACAGCAAUGAAUAUUACACAGCGGUCAUGGAAGAGGACUCGCAACGCAUUGAAGACUUGAUUGAGAAACAUGGGAGCAAUUUCCUCAUUGAGCCACAAGGCAAAGUAUAUAAAGAAGCCUUCUGCAAGGGCUUUGCUAUUCUUCCCCUUCACCUGGCUGCCUCUUACAGAAAAAUCCAAAGCAUGCAGAGUCUUCUGUCUGCAGGAGCAGACACUGAAUUGAGAGAUAUGCUUGGUCGAACCCCGCUGCACUUGGUGAUAAUUGGUUGGCCAAGCAUCCUGAAUACAUCCCAAAAACCAGAUUCCAAGUUCCAGACUAAAGUGAUCGGUGUGUGUACAAAGGCAGAGGCCUGUUUAAGGCUCCUCUGUGACCAUGGUGGAAACAUCAAUGCUAAGGUGGAGAGAAAAGGCCACCAGACAGCUCUUCACAUAUCAGUACGCUACAGAGCACUAUCUGCUGUCCAAAUACUGGCGUGCUAUGGUGCUGAUGUUAAUGCUGUGGAUGUCAGUGGGAUGGCACCUCUGCAUAUGGCUGCUGGGAUACUGCAUAAGAAUAUUAUUGCCAGUCUGCUCAGGCAUGGCGCAAAUGUUAACAUGGGAGUGCAGCACACUGGGAACACCCCUCUACACCUCGCUGCUGUGGCAAUGGCUACAAAGACCACUAAAACCCCAGAAGACGCCAUUAGCAGCAUCACUGAGCUGCUCAAACAAGGCGCGGAGCCCAAUGCAGUGAACAAGGCUGGCAUGACACCUUUACACGAGGCAUGUAGCAUGGGAAACGAGGAGCUCGUAGACCUGCUGCUGAGCUACGGAGCUAGCAUCUAUAAACUAAGCGAAGCAGGGGAGAACUGUCUGUACCUUUUCCUGAAAAACAUGCCUAAUGUGAGAAAUGUUUCUCUGCUAGUGAAGCUCCUCAGCCUGACCUCACCGCUUACUGUCUACAACCAAAAAGGCCACCUGCCCUUAACCUUGACAAAACCAUGUUUCUUUAAACAGAGAGACUACCUCAUGAACCUAACUCGACAGCCAAGGAGACUUCAGGAUAUUUGUAAGAGUGACAUUUAUCUAACACACGUCAGAGGCAAGAGAGAAGAAAUAAGGAAAAUCCUUCCUGACAAGCUGUACGAAUUUAUCUUCAACCAUUGGGAGAAUGUACACAUCUCCUUUGUGACAGACAGUGAACAGGAAUAUGGUAAAUAAUAAUUUCAUAUUACUCCAACCUGACACCACUUCAAACUCCACCUGACUUUAAACAUUUGCAUCAAACCGCUGACUAACCUUAAAAUAACAGAGGUGUGGAUGAAAGAAAGAAAAGAAAAAUCACACCUUCAGGUCCCUGUGCAUGAUUCCAUUGGAGUGAAUGUACUCCACACCUUCAAGUAUGUGUCUUAGCAGUCUGAGCGUGUGUUCAGUAUCAACACAGGCAUAAGGACCUGAAAACAGAAAAUACAUCUAUUUAUUCCCCUCCCCCAAAAAGAUUUUCUAUCUCAGAAUACCCCUAAAAAUAUUAUCUGCAUAUAUUAGAAGCAACAUGAAGCUCUGGGCUGUAAGUAAUCUGAAAUAAACAUGAAUGUAUAACUGA